GGACGGCUACCUGGAGUAGGCCUACAUGUUAUGAAUCAGUGAUCUCUGUCGACAAUGAUGUCUGGUUUUUGCAUGAGCUAAGUGCGGUAAAAACAGUCGAAAGAUGAUGUCGCAACGCCUAUCGUAUGCUGUACUGAACAGACAGUUACAGCUGUUGAAAUGGCCGUCUUGCCGGAGUCUUCUUGGCAGUUGCGACGAUAAAGGUCAGCAGAGUCAGAGACUGAGACAGAGAUGUGGACAGAUGAAAUUCAACAGAGAAGCAAGUACAAAAACUCAGGGAACGAUCAUGAAUGUCUUUGAUCGGAAAGCAAAACGUUUGCAAAAAGAACGAGCAGCACUUGGUGAUGAUGGCGAAGAUGUCACUGUGUAUGAUUAUCUGAAAGAUGAGUUUGGCUAUCGGAUCUCUGACAGAAUUUGUGAUAUCAAAAGAAAGUUCUCCGUUGCCGUGGAUCUGGGUUGUGGUCGAGGUCACGUGGCGAAGCAUCUAUACAGCGACAUGGUGGAGCGUCUUUUUCAGUGCGAUCUGUCUCACUCAGCUGUGAAACUUGCGGAAGUGUCCUCAGAGGUCCCAACGUCCAAGCUGGUCGUUGACGAAGAAUUUAUCCCGUUCAAGGACAACUCCUUGGACAUGGUUGUCAGCAACUUGAGUUUACAUUGGGUGAACGACCUUCCGGGCUCUCUCAGACAAAUUCUCCAGGCUUUGAGAAAUGAUGGGGUGUUGAUCGGCAGCAUGUUUGGAGGAGACUCGCUGUAUGAGCUACGAGUCUCGCUGCAGCUGGCGGAGAUAGAGAGGGAAGGGGGUUUCGCUGCUCACAUAUCUCCAUUCACCACCGUCAACGACUUGGGAAACUUGCUGACCCGUGCAGGUUUCACUAUGCUUACAAUUGACGUGGAUAAUGUGAUCAUCAAUUAUCCGUCCAUGUUUGAGCUGAUGUUUGAUCUCAAAGGUAUGGCUGAGAACAACUGUUCUUGGUCGCGGAAGUCAAAACUACAUCGAGAUACCAUGGUGGCUGCAGCUGCUGUUUAUAAAGAGAUGUACGGAAAUGAGCAGGGGAUCCCAGCGACAUUUGAAGUGAUUAACUUCAUUGGCUGGAAGCCAGACCCAAGCCAGCCCAAAGCUGCUGCGAGAGGAUCUGGAGAGGUCUCGUUGAAGGAUAUCAGUCGGAUUGAGCAACUGUCCAAACAGAUGAGUCACGGCGACCACAAAACGUCCGACGGUGCCGAGGCUCAGAUCGGGAAACUGGAGGAAGAGCUGAAGAAUCUGUCGACAAAAUACAAAACCCCUGAUGGAAGUGACGGUGGUGGGAGUGAAGGGAGCGGUGGUCCAGGGACGAAGGCCAGAUGAAGUUAACUGAUUUUGUUAGUGGUUGACAGAAAUGAACUAUUGUAAUUGGAGAAAUGGAGAUACUCUAUUUUGGGGCACUUAAAAAACAAUAAAUAAAAUACUUUUGCCACCUAUUACGAAUGUCACCUGGCCGGCCAGCCUCAAAAGUCUAUAACACCAAGCAGUCAGGCUAUAAAGGAAGAGGAAGGCCACACAAAAGGUGGAUUGAGUGUUUAAAAGAAACCCUUAGAAAUCGCAAUAUCCCUACUGAAAGAGCUGCGGAGCUGGCCUACCAUACAAAACUGCAUCUCCCCUCGACGCUUAACGGCAACAGAGGAUGAAAAAGUAAAAGUAGAGAUAAGUUAAAAACAAGCAUGACUUCAUUAUUCAUACCGAUUUUUCAAUUCUGUUUUCUGUAUCUCAAAUAUGCAAAUUUGUGUUUUGAGAUUGAGAAGGGAUUGAUUUUUGUUUUUGUACCUGUGCUUGAGCGUUGUAGAUAUAAUGUAGUUUGCUUUGUCAAGCUUGGAAGUGUUAUACAUGAUGUGAAUAAAUCAUUGAGUGCAGUUUGCUCUGUCAAGCUUGGAAGAUAUGACAUGUGAAUAAAGCUUUGAGUUUUUGUAACUCAUCAUUUCAUAGCUCA